AAAUUGUGUGCAUGGAUACUCUUAAGACAUGGGGAAUCCUUCUUAUAUUAUUGUAUUCAACACUUUUUUCUAACCUAAUUAGUUUAUAAUUUAAUUUGAUUAAGGAUGUUAGUUUAUCCUUCUAUGUAGGUUGUAGAAGGGAUUAGAGUAGCAUACAGGCCAGAUAAUUAUAAUUAGAGCCACAGAUAAGAUCACUGUAUUCACCAGCGACCAUCAAUACCCACGCGGCAACCCUCUGCUACGGUAUUUGACGUCACUCAAACCCCUCGCCGUUAAGAGAUGACAUAAUGCUGAUUAAGUGUGGGUGCAUAGACGUUAACGGGUUGGCUGUCGCUUUCCAAAAGAAAAACAAGAAAUUAAAAAAGCAAAGCAUUCUUUUUCAAUCAUUGUUAGAUUAUCUUGAUUCUGUUUUCUUUUGUGACUUUGGUGCGUUGCUUUUGGGUCUUGUCUGCUUUUGAGGGAUGGAUGGUGCUGAUGUUAUUCGCGAAACCACCUGGUAUUAGACACUGAGCUUGUGUUAAAUUGGGGUUCCUUGAACUAGAACUGCCUGAGAGAUUUUGGGUUUUGUUAGUGGGUAAUCAAGAAGCAAACUUGGUUUAGUGUUAUUUUUCCCCUUCUGGUGAAACAGUUGUUUUUGCCUAUCCUUGGCCAAUUAGGAAGGUGAAAACAUGUGAUUUUUUUUUUCUCCACUUUGGCAAGCCAUCCUUUGAAGUAUGUUAGAAGAGUAAUUGGAGUUAACUGCAGCUUUGCAAACGUUUCUUCCGUGAGCAGAGGACUCUGUAAGUAUUGAAGUUGUUACUCGUUUAGUCUUUAUUUUGAUCUCAUGUGUUGAUGCCAUUAAAAGAUAGAUUUAGACUGUCACGGCCCUUACUGUUGGAAAAACCAGUAGAGGUUUUUGGACUCUGGAGAUGAUCACCACAUGUUUUAGUCUUUGCUGCCAAUCAAUAGGUGUCUUGAUGGUAGCGAGAUUUCUAGAUAUAAAAUGAAGUGACAAUUACAGUCUGUAUCAACUAGUUAGUCAAGUGGCCUCUAUCAUUCAGGCACCUUUAUUGACUCUGGAAGGAAACUAAAAUAAGGAUUUAAUGAAGGGAAAACAACUGCUGCCCUUGAAAAAUUCCGUCUGCUAUCUCCUCUAUUCCUGCUUUCUGUAGCAAAUUAAAUAUGAUAUGGCAUGAUCAACAUCCCUUUAAGGGCAGCUUUGCUUCCCCAUAUUUCUUCUCUCUUUCUCGCUCAUAUUGAUGUUGCUGAAGAUGCCAUUGUUAAUUUACCUCAAUCUUUGGUAAUUCUUCAAUUUUUGGCUUACGCAAAGAUAAGGAAAAACCUAAAAUUCAUAUAUCAGGGGGAUUUGUUGAUUUGAGGUGUUUAUCCUGCAUUUGUUUUAAAAUUCAUGGAGGUGGAUUUAGGUAAAAAAAUUAUGCAAGUGAUAGAAUCACCCUUUUCCAUUGUAUAAUCUCUUGGCAUUGUAGGCAUACUUACUAUAAGUAUUAAUUUUUAUUUAUUUUUGUCUUCAGGGUGCACAAAAAUUAAUCUUAAUUGUAUGAUUGGUUUGUAUUCUUUAAUUUCUACAAAAGCAAGUCACCUUUAAUCUUUGACUAGAACAUUAUUUUAGCUUCUUUUCUUUUUCCUCUCUGUUCCAUGAUACUUCAAUAUGCAUAAUUUUUCUUGUUUUGUUAGCUAAGUUUUAUGUAAUUUCAAUAUGCAUUUCAUGAUGAUGCGGCUGAAUCAUAUGUCAGUUUUUUUCACUCUUCUCUCUGUUUUGUUUGUCCUGAGAGUAUGAGCUCCUCAUCUACUCAACUUUCUGCCUUGAGAGGAAUGGGCAUUUAUGAGCCAUUCCACCAGUUCAGCUCGUGUGGGGACACCUUCAGAGGUGAUGGUAGACUAAAUAUUAGUUCAUCCACAAUCGUGCAGGUGGAUAGUGGGGUGAACAACAAGACUGAAUAUGCAUCUCAAGAAUCAAUGGAACCUUCCAGAAUUGAUCAAGGAGCAAACAUACCGGCUGAUAAGGUACAGAGACGUUUAGCACAAAACCGUAACGCUGCUCGCAAAAGUCGCUUGCGGAAAAAGGCUUAUGUUCAACAACUAGAAUCUAGCCGUUUGAAGUUGGUGCAGUUGGAACAGGAACUUGAGAGAGCUAGGAAACAGGGUGUAUACAUAAGCAGUCCACCAGAUUCUUGUCAUUUGGGAUUGCCUGGAACUCUAAAUUCAGGAAUCACUACAUUUGAAAUAGAAUAUGGGCAUUGGAUUGAAGAGCAACAUAAACAGAUUUCUGAACUUAGGAGUGCAUUGCAAGCUCGUAUCACUGACAUAGAGCUUCGGAUACUUGUGGAAAAUGGCUUGAACCACUAUAACAACCUUUUCCGCAUGAAAGCAGCUGCUGCAAAGGCUGAUGUCUUCUAUCUGAUUUCUGGCAAGUGGAGAACAUCAUUAGAACGCUUUUUUCAAUGGAUUGGAGGAUUCCGGCCAUCAGAGCUUCUCAAUGUUCUCAUGUCACAACUUGAGCCUUUGACUGAUCAGCAACUUGUGGAUGUUUGUAACCUUCGACAAUCAUCUCAGCAAGCCGAAGAUGCUCUCUCGCAAGGAAUUGAUGAACUCCAGCAGAUCCUGGCCCGGAGCAUAGCAGCAGAUAUAACAAGUAGUGGAAGUUACCAGGCUCAGAUGGCUGCUGCAAUAGAAAAGUUGGAAGCACUGGAGGGCUUUGUGAACCAGGCAGAUCACCUUCGACAACAAACUUUGCAACAAAUGUCUCGGAUCCUAACAACACGGCAGGCAGCUCGAGGUUUACUUGCCCUGGGAGAAUAUUUUCACCGUCUCCGUGCUCUAAGUUCACUAUGGGCUGCUCGUCCUCGUGAACCCACCUAGUUUACAGACAUAAGAACCAGAAAAACCACGACAUCUAGGUUGAUUUACCAUUAGCAUUCAUGCCUUGAUGCUAAAGAAUGUAUACAUAUAUAUGAUCAACUCUUUAAAUCCGCAUCUGGUUUUCCACAGCAGCUUCUAAAAAGGUGUAAAUAUGAAUGUAUGCCAGAACUCAGAAGCGAAAUAUUAGGUAAUGAAGUUGAUGUUCAAUGCAUGUUGUACUGUUGGAGGAGUUAAUUUGAACUUCGAAAUUCAGAGUAGGUUUGAAUUCAAUGGAUUAGUGGAACUUUGUUUAAA